CCAUUGAAUACUUCAAUAGGCCUGAGGUCCAAACAAUUCUUCAUGUUGAUCCAGAUCAUAAGCCUGCUACAAUUGUGUUAUAGAGAGUGUUGGUGAUCAAGUGACAAAUCUGAAAGAAGGGGAUGUGGUAAUUCCCACGUACAUAGGCGAGUGUCAAGAAUGUGAGAAUUGUGUUUCAGAAGAAACCAAUUUGUGUGUGACAUACCCGGUUAGAUGGACCGGUCUACUGCCAGAUAACACUUCAAGGAUGUCCGUCCGAGGACAGAGGCUAUAUCAUAUUUUAAGUUGUUCUACAUGGUCAGAGUACAUGGUUAGUGAUGCCAACUAUGUUCUCAAGGUUGAGCCAACCAUUGAUCCAAUCCAUGCCAGUUUCAUCUCAUGUGGCUUUUCAACUGGUUUUGGAGCCGCUUGGAAGGAAGCCAAGGUUGAAAGUGGAUCCAUUGUAGCCGUUUUUGGUCUCGGGGCUGUUGGAUUAGGGGCUGUAAUUGGAGCCAAAAUGCAUGGAGCAACCAGGAUAAUUGGAAUUGAUACAAAUGAGAAGAAGAGAGAAAAAGGAGAAGCUUUUGGAAUGACUGACUUUAUAAAUCCUAGUGAUUCUGAUAAAUCUACUUCAGAAUUGGUCAAGGAACUGAGUGGUGGAAUGGGUGUGGACUAUUCAUUUGAGUGUACGGGAGUUCCAACCUUAAUCACUGAAUCUUUGGAAGCAACAAAAGUUGUAAGUUCACCUCACCAAAGCAAUUUGGUUGGUUCAAUAAUUUUUUAUCAUUGAGAUACAUAUGAUUCAUUAUUCCACUAUCACUAAUCUAUGCAC